AUGGAUCCCUUCAUAUACCACUCGGGGUCUAAAGCCCUCUCGAGCUUACCCCCAGCAACCUCUGAUAUUCAGCCGCCUCGCAAAAAAAUGAGGAAGGGGACAAAGAGCUGUGUUGAAUGUCGACGUCGCAAGAUCCGAUGCACAUUUAGUUCUUCGCGGCCCGCACGCUGCAAUGAAUGCUUUUCGCGAGGAGUGAAUUGUAUCGACCAGGAGCAUGCGCCCGUAAACCUAAAUAAGUCGCAAUCCCGAACAGCUGAGCCAUCGUACAGUUUACGAGAACGUGUCGCGGUUCUAGAGAGCACGGUGGAAGACAUCCUUAGACAGCUAGGAGAGGAAAGGGGGAAGCAUUUGCACGGUGGGCUGCUUAAGUCCUCGUUCGCUUCGGCAUCGCAUAAUGACUACUCCACGAAUUGUGCUCCGACGCCGCCAGAGUCCGCUGACUCGGCGCCAAAAGGUCAGAAUGAGCAGGCGCCCUUAUUGUCACUCUUCGAUAAUCACGUCGUCUCCCGAUCUGCAGUUCCUGGGGAAAAUCAUGAAUCUCUUUCGAUGCAACGCGAGUCCCCAAAAUAUGCAGCCUUAAGAUCUUUACUACUCUCACUAAUGCCACCGGUCUCGGACAUGCAGAAGAUUCUGCAGACUUUCCCCUAUCUGCACGGUGGUCUACUAAAGCAGUACCCUGAAAUUUGCGGCGAUAAUCUAUCACGCUUUCUUGCCGAUAGGUCGGGAGUUGCAAGCCCAGAAGCAUUGGGCGACCUCGCCAAGCUCCUUAUCCUUCUCGUUAUGGCUAUUGAUCAAUCGCCUGCUUCAUUCAAUUUUCACGAUCUCCAAGUCCCUCUCUCUGCAAUUAGUUUUACCCACAACGUCCUCUCCACUGUAGAUCGUAUGAUUUUCAGCGAUGACGAUAUCGCAUCCACUGUCUCUGGGAUUGAGUGCUUGCUUUUCGCCGGAAAGCACUACAUGGUUGGGGGACGACCUCGGAGAGCCUGGCGGCUUUUUCGCCGGGGUAUCGAAUCUGCCCAAUUACGUGGUUUGCACUUGUCAAUGAACCGAGCGCUACCUCACAAUGACAGAAUGAGCUUGCGACAUUUAUAUAUUUGGUGUUCAUUGGUGUGCUGUGACAGAUAUAUGAGUCUCAUACUGGGCCUUCCUUACGCCGUUCCCGACCGCUUUGUCGCCCCUCAUAUGCAGCUUUUAGAAAAGACUGCAUUCUUUGAAACCUCUGAGGGUUAUGUUUAUCGACUAUGUCUCUUUUAUGGCGGGAUAAUCGAUAGAAAUCAAGACCCAAACAACCUAUCGCUUCCGAAGACACUCCAGCUUGAUCGGGAACUCAGUGAGCUCUCAGCUCCAUUCCGCCAGGGUAGCUUAGAUGUAGAGCCUAACCCAGGGCCUGGUGACGUGCUUUUAUGCCACUUUGUGCACAAUUUUACCCGUGUGAUGCUUCACCUUCCGUUUGUUCUAAACUCGGAUUCAGACGCUGGGUCUCGGUACUGCCGCAAUGCUGCGCUUGAAUCCUCGCGGAACUGCAUUAAAUUCUACCAGAAAAUUCGAACUGAUGCCGGCCUGCAGUACACUGCGUGCAAGAUGAUUGACUUUCAGAUGUUUACUGGCGCGAUGCUUCUUGGAAUUCAUCUGCUUGGAGUGCUCAAAAUGCCGCAGCACAUAACGCUGGAGGAUGCGGAGGACUGGCAAAUGCUGAGACAGGCUGCCCGGCUCUUUCGAGAGAUUUCUUCUGGUCCAUACGGCACCGUGGCAGCGCAGUGCGCGAACGUUCUUGAGAUGCUAUGUGGCUCCCCUGAAGCCCCAAAAGAAUGCCGAAAUGGCUCUCAGAACGGGUGCAAGGUUACUAUCCCGUAUUUUGGAACGUUCUAUCUUCGCCCCGGGAGGAAGUUUGGACUACCAGAAUCUUGCCAGCAGGCUUAUUCACCUGGAUCUGUUCAACACACUGGCCGUUCCGAUAUCGACUCAAGGGAUUACAUCACGCCCUCAACAGCGACACCUGUUUCAGAUGUCCCGCGCACUGGGCGGUCUGGAGAUGGCCAAUCUCCAUUCUUAGAUGAUCGAUUUGUGUCCUUCGAAAACAUUCUUGCCCUCCCCAACGUUGAUUUUGACGUGAGCAAGAUUCCUAACGUGGAUGAAGACAUGCGCGGGUGGCGGAUGGAUCCCAGCUUGGGCUUGGAUCUCUGUCUUGAUCAAGGAUGGAAUCUGGAUUGGUUGGAUCCCAGUAGUCUUCCAAGUCCACCAUCAUAAAGGAGCGUGCUGGCUUAGAUCUCCUUGUUUUUGGCAUCUGAUACCCAAAUGUUUGAUCUGUGAUUAUGUACGGAGUACGGAGUGUAUACACUUGAUCUUCAACUGAACUACGGAGCAAAUCAUGAGACUAAUCGUUACAUACCUGCA